AUGAACGGCGUGGUCGGAAGCGGCAAUUCAAGGAGCAACGCCUGCGCAGUCAAUGAACAGCCGCGUUCGCCAAUCGCCAUCAUGAAGCUCUUGUCAGUCGCAGCGGCCAUCUCUGGCCUGCUGUCGCCCGUCAUUGCUGCCGCGUCCCAGAGCGCCAAGCUACCCGCCGACUUCAAGCCGCCCCAGGUGUUCAAGAAUGCCAACCUGGUGCACGUCAUCUCGCUCGAGAAGAACUACGCCAAGGAGCAAAUCAAUGUCGCCAUUGAGAACGUGUCCAAGGAGCCGCAAGACGAAUACUACAUCCCAUUUACCUCUUCGCAGGUUGCCCGCAUCGGCGGCUUCGAGGUAAAGGACCGCAAGGACGACAACGCCGGCCCGUUUGCCGUCGAAGUGGUUGAAUACGACCCCAACAGCGAUACCCAAUACUACCGGAUUCGCCUCCCCAACCCGCUCAAGGCCGGCGCUCAGCAGACCCUCGGCAUCACCUUCUUUUACCUCGACGCGUACCGCCCGCUUCCCGCUACGAUUGAGCAGGACGAGACGCAGUAUCUGGUCCACGACUUUUCCGUCUUUGCCCCGUCUGCUUACAAGACGAGCAAGCAAAAGACCGAAGUCAAGUCGGCCUCUGCCACCAUCCCCGACUACACCAAAGUCGACAAGUUUCCACAGAAGCAGGGCACCAAGCUGACCUACGGACCUUUUGACGAGAAGCCCGCUGGCGCAGUUUCUCCCGCCGAGAUCCGAUUCGAGUUUGCCAAACCCGUCACCCACAUCUCCGAGCUCGAUCGCGAGGUCGAAGUCAGCCAUUGGGGCGGCAACGUUGCCUUUGAAGAGCAUUACACCCUGGAGCACCGCGGCGCCAACCUGUCUGCGCCUUUCAACCGUGCCAAGUGGACGCAGUCACAGUACUUUAGCCGUGGCUCCUCGGCGGCUCUCAAGGAGCUCCGUGUUCCCCUGCAGAUUGGUGCAGCCGAUCCCUACUUCACCGAUGUUAUUGGCAACGUGUCUACCUCACGUUUCAGAAGCAACAAGCGCGAGGCUCUCCUCGAGCUCAAACCCCGCUACCCCAUCUUUGGUGGCUGGAAGUACCCCUUCACCAUUGGCUGGAACAUUGACGCAGCCAGCAUCUUGCGCCGCACGGCCGCUGGCGGCAAUGUGCUCAAGAUACCUUUCCUCGAGGGUCCCAAGCAGGCUGAGGGUGUUGAAUACGGCCGCGUCAACCUACGCGUUCUUCUGCCCGAGGGCGCUGAGAACGUGAAGUUUUUUACCGACAUCCCCGAGUCAUCGAUUACUGAGACGUCAAUUGACGUCGUCCAGACAUACCUAGACACUGUUGGCCGCACCUCAGUCACCAUCAAAGCCGUGAACCUGGUUGACGAGUUCCGCGACCGCCACCUCAUCAUUACCUAUGACGCUACGCUCCUCUCAUCGCUGCGCAAGCCCGUUGUUAUUUUCGCGAGCAUGAUGAGUCUUUACUUUACGGCAUGGGCGAUCGGCAACAUCAAGGUUGGAUUUGGCAAGAAAUAA